AUGGAUACUUAUAACCAAGAGAAAAAUACUGUUACUUUGAAAGUAGGGCUUAUUGGAGAUGCCCAAGUAGGUAAAACUUCACUCAUGGUGAAGUAUGUCGAAAACUGCUUUGACGAGAUCUACACACAGACACUAGGUGUUAAUUUUAUGGAACGUACAAUCAAUAUCAAAAAUACCGAAAUCACUUUUUCGAUAUGGGAUUUGGGUGGUGAGUCGGAAUUUACAAAUAUGUUGCCAUUGGUUGCAACUGAUGCCAUUGCCAUUUUGUUUAUGUUUGAUCUUACGAAAAAAUCUACGCUAACUUCCAUCAAGGACUGGUACAGGCAAGCAAGAGGUUUCAAUAGAACUGCAAUUCCCUUUUUGGUGGGAACAAAAUAUGACAUGUUUGUAGAGCUGCCUGAACAUGAACAAGAAGAAAUCACCAGACAAGCAAAGAAAUAUGCCCAUGCAAUGAAUGCACCGCUGAUAUUCUCAUCGACUAGCGCAUCGAUCAAUAUUCAAAAGAUAUUCAAGAUUGUAAUUAGCAAAGCUUUCGAUUUAAGGGUGAAAAUACCAGAAAUUACACACAUCGGAGAACCUAUUUUGUUAUACCAAGAUGUGUGA